AUGCGCUCAUUAGCCACAGUACCAGGCAUUACGCUGGUACUCGCAGGGUUGGGCAGCGCUGCGUCUACCGUCAAACGCGAUCUGCCCGUUGUCAUUAGCAAUGAGCUACCGAAUGGAUACAGCUACUUGGGUUGCUAUUCCGACAAUGUUGCCAGUCGACAGCUAUCCCUGGCUAAUUACGUCGAUGACGGCAACAUGACCCAAGAAUCCUGUAUCCGCUUCUGCCAGGGCAAGGGCUUCCCUUAUGCUGGUGUUGAGUACAGCUCCGAGUGCUACUGCGGUUAUACCUUGAGCAGAAACACCGAAAGCCAACCAGAUACAGCAUGCAACUAUCCCUGUACCGGCAACAAAACUGAGGCCUGCGGGGCUGGCGAUAGACUCUCCGUCUUCAACACAAAUGCUGCUGUCAGCAAGCCGAAUUUUAACCCCGGUCCACCAGGAUGGAAUUCACUCGGCUGUUACAACGACAACAUCAACAACAACAACGUCCAAAGUCGUGUUCUUGCUGGCGAUAGCUUCAUGUCUGUUCUGCAAUGUACCAACGCCUGCCAGGCCGCCGGCUAUGCCUACGCUGGCGUUGAAUAUUCCACAGAAUGUUACUGCGAUAAUCAGAUCCUGAGUGGUGCAUCUAAUAGCCAAAGUGGCUGUAGUAUGCCGUGUUCCGGUAAUAGCUCUGAGUACUGUGGUGGGCCAGACCGCAUCAACAUCUACCAGUCUACCUCCACGCCGAAAAGCAUAAGCACUAUUCCGAAUGGUUGGACCGCUCAGGGCUGUUUCAAGGACAAUGUCCUCGGCCGCGCUCUUGUUGUUGGCAUGCCUGUGCCUGGUGGACAUGCUGGGACGACUGUGGGAAGUUGCAUUACUGCUUGUGCUUCUGCAGGUUAUAAAAUUGCUGGUGUUGAGUAUGGUCAGGAGUGCUGGUGUGAUAACCAGAUCCAAAACGGAGGCCAACAAACUCUUCCAAGUGAUGGUUGCAACAUGCCCUGUCGCGGCAAUACUAACGAGCUUUGCGGUGGCUCUAACCGACUCAACGUUUAUGCACAGAUCCCACUGAGCUCGCCAAUCUCCUCGAGCACCACUUCGUCAGCAACUGCGAGCUCUUCUUGGACCUCAUCGUCGGUGUCAAGCAGCUUUAGUACUUCUACUGUCAGCGCAACUUCCUCAUCUAGCUCCUCACUCAUCACCUCGUCUAGUUCGUCUAGCUCGUCGUCAACCACUAAGUCUAGCACGUCAUCAAGCUCUUCUUCCAGUGUAAAUGGCUGCUUGCCUGCUCCCAGUUCUUCCUCCACUAACCCCGGAUGCGUUGCAAAUCGUAAGUCCUCCCUACAAUCAAGUUCUUGGUGA